AAGUUAUUUACUUUUCAGGAGACGAGCCUAAACAAGGAUUUGCUACGGUAAUUUGGUUUCAUCCAGGAAAUUUCACAACGGGCACUCCCGCUAUGUGGAAUCCGCAUACCCUUGUUUAUCGCCAGAGAGUAAUUAUUGUAACAGUUAGCUAUAGAUUAAAUAUAAUGGGCUUCUUUACCACUAUGGAUGGCGAAGCAUCCGGAAAUUAUGGGCUGCUUGAUCAACAGGCCGCGAUGAUGUGGGUAAAGAAGAAUAUCAAGCUGUUUGGUGGGAAUUCCGAUAAUAUUUGUAUCAUGGGUUACGGGACAGGAGCCAUGAGCGUUGGACUGCAUUUAAUUAAUCCACAGUCCAGAGGGCUAUUUAAUAAAGCGAUUGCCAUGAGUGGUAAUAUUUUGAAUCCCUCUGAGGUAAAGCAUGCCCAAGAAGACAAAGAUUUAUUGAAUGUAUUAUCUAGCAGCUUUGGUUGCGAUAGAAAGCCAACUUCAGCAUUGAUCCAAUGCCUGCGACACGCAGAAGCAGAGGCGCUGGUUCAGCAAACCGUAAACAUAAACUGGAGACCGAUUUUGGACGCCGAAAUCACCAACAGCAGUGUACCGUUUUUAUCAGAUCUUCCGAUAAGAUAUUUUGAAAGAGGCGAUUAUGAGAAAGUUCCUUUGCUUACAGGUUAUACUCACAUGGAACAUAUUUUGGAAAUCGAUAGUCUGAAAAAUAUUACGAGUACUUCUAAUGAAUACCUUCAGGCUUUGUUAACGGAUCUUAUAAGUGGUGAUAUUCCAAUAGUAAAUAACUCUGAGUCUUCCUGUGUUUACAAUUCUGACCAUCUGAUCGAUGCUGUCAUGUUUUUCUAUAGCCCUUCUAUUCCCGUAAAAGACGCUGAAUCUUUCAGAGAGAUUUUAAUAAACUUCUUUACAGAAAGAAAUGUUGCUUCCUCGGUGGUUCAAUUAGCCUCGUUAAUCAGCAAAGAGCAGCCCACUUACGUGUACAGAUUCGACAUGAAACCUAGUACACCGGCAGCUGUCAUUAAUUUGCCUGAAUGGGCCACUGUGCCACACUUGUUUGACUUACUGUAUGUUUGGGGGGUACCUUACUGGACCACCAACCAGGAUUGGGAUAUCAGAGAUAAACGAAUAUCAGACACAAUCAUGUCUUUCUGGAUGAACUUUGCUAAAUCUUCUAAUCCCACAGAAAACAGUAUUUAUCCAGUAACUUGGGAGAAGUAUACGGAGGAAAGUCCUGGGAUAUUGAUUAUUGACGGAAAUUUCAAUAUGAGUAAUCCAAAGAACUUAAAUUACAAGGCAUUUGAUUUUUGGAAUAAAUAUUACCCCAAAGUAAAAGCAAUAGCUACUCAGUGUUGCGAAUCUUUUGAUACUGGUUCGAGUUUACAAACACACUUUUUGGUCCAAACCAUUCCUUUGUUUCUACUUUGUUAUCGUUUCAUAAAAACCAUAAUUUAGAUUAAAUCAUAAACUUUUAAAUAUACAAGAUAAUUUAAGGUACAAAUUUUAUCAAAAAAUUAAAAUAUAGUACGUAUAGAAUGUACUUGCCCGGUUAUACAAAAUAUUUGCGUAGUGUCUCAGAAUUGUCGACUAGAACUUUUUCAAAAUCAAAGUUGUUUUCCAAAUUGUGUAUAGCUCGUAUUAUUCUACCAGCUUAUCUAAAUGAGUACCGUCAAAGUACGACCUGUUAUUUAGGCAAAUUGUAGGUUUUAUCUGGAUAUAGUUGCCCCCUUCGUAUUGAGGUCAUCGCUUCAUCCCUUUCAUUGAUGGCUUAUGCUUUUAUGUCCUACUGGUGAUUUACCGCGAACGAAAUUCACUUUUUCUUCUUCUCUUCUGUUAGUGUGUUUAUUUUACUCUUCCGGGUGAUAAGGUGGUAACCUCAAAGUAUCGUGAUCAUGAUGUUAUAGGAUUUAUUAUUAUUUAAGUCAAAUGUUUUAAACUUCAGUUCAUGAUUUUUUAUACUGUUAUAUCGUACCUUAGUACUACAACUAGGUGACUUGAAAAAAUACGAUUUUGAGUUAUCCCAUUUAAACAAAUCUACGUGAAUUGCUGUGUUGAAUGCUACAACUCGACAGCUUCUAGCUCAAAUAUUUGUGAAGUAGUGGGCCGCUGUAACAAGUAGGUACACGCCUGAGUAGGGCAACGCUGAAUACUACAACUGUGUAAGCUGAGUUAUCUAGUUGUGCACGUAACGGCUCCUCAGUUAGACGAUUUAUCUACUUGUGUAACUAUUGUGAUUAGAGAAACACGAUAAACACGUGAACUAAGCUGUUACGUUCUAGUUUAGUGAUAAUUAUGAGCUCCAGAGAGAACAAAAUGGUGAAAGCUGAUCUAAGAGAUUUAGGAUUUCAAGCAGGUAUGGAUGAAUAUAUAAAAUUUGCAUUAUUUAAGAACAAUUUUCUGUUCCAAUUUUUCCCAGUUUUCCCUUUAUCUUCUUCUUCUUCCUUCUUAUAAGCAAUUCUGCUUGUUUAUUGGCGAAUUGAUAACUUUAUUGAAAGUUUUCACUCAAUCUUUUGCGCGUUCGUCCGAUAUUCCUUCUACCGAUUGGUGAUUUAUCUCUUGCUAUUUUGACCACAAUGGUCUCCCCCAUUCUGCUUAUGUGGGUAUUCAUUUUUUUUUUCUGUUUAGUGUCAAUUCGUUUAUACACUGCACGUUACAUUCCCUUCUAAUGUCUUUACUUAUCUAUAUAUCUCGAUAAUGGGCAAAAUUUUAUAAUUGGAAAUAAAAAAUACAAGAUUUUUCGGAUUUUCUCAAAAAAGAAUUUUAAAAUAAAUAUAAGCCUAAUUCUCAAAACAAUCAUCAUUUUAUUCACAUUUUGAUUUGUAUAAAUCUAUCUAUAAUAUUC